CAGCCCAGCUUUUCUUACCCACAAAAAUCAGAACAGAAAGCAAUGCUAAUCAGUUUAUUUGGCGCUAAACUGUCAUCGUAACCUAACCGACGCAACUCGCAAAAUUUCGAGGCGUAAAAAAAUGGGGAAGGAAAGAAGAUUCUGGCUUUUGAAAACAGAGCCAGGAGAGUGGUCUUGGAACGACCAGGAAGCCAAUGGAGGCAUCAGCAAGUGGGACGGCGUCAAGAACAAGCAGGCCCAGAAGAACCUCAAGGCAAUGUCACUCAACGAUCUUUGCCUCUUCUACCACUCCGGCUCCGGCGCUUCGGCCCGCCGUAUCGUAGGCGUGGUCACAGUAAUUCGUGAGUGCUACGAGGAUGCAGAUGGCGUGUCGGUGGAUGUGAAGGCGGUUGGGGAGAUGAGGAGGCAGGUGGACUUGAAGGAGAUGAAGGGCGAUGAGAAUAUGAAAGGUUUUGUGCUCUUUAGGCAGCCUAGGCUGUCGGUGGUGCCGGUUCCAACGGAGAUUUGGGAGAGGGUCUGCGAACUCGGUGGUGGGUUUGAAGGCGAUGGUAAUGAUGGUGCGGGCGACGAUGAAGAAGGGGAGGAUAAAGAUUGAGGACUGUCUAGUAGAAAACAAUGUGUUUAGGCUUUUGAUUUUCGCAGUAGAACCAUGAAUGUUAAAAAUGGAGAAUGGCUUUUAUUUUG